AUGUGCAGCGGUGUGCGGGGAAGCAGGGAGGAGAAGAGAGGAGGGAGGCCAUGGGGGUGGCAUUCAAAGAACGGGGGAGGAGGAGGAGCAGGAGUGUGGGGUGGACCUCGAGUUCUCUGGGUUCGGGGAGCAUGCCAGAGUGCUCGGGGUGGAGCUGGACGUGGGGCUCGGUGCUACCAUCCCGUCGGAGACGCUGCGAGUCUUCGGCUUGGACGAGGGUGUAGAGUUCAACUACCGCGUCUACCAGCAGCGGCGGAUACGGAAGAAGCCCACCGGCGGCGAGACUCGGUCGCCUUCCGUCUCGAGGCGUGCGGGGUCGGCCCCAGCAGCGUCAUGGGAAGAGGGGCCUCGGUGUUCGUCGUCGAACCGGGAGGCGUUUUGAGCGUCGCGGCGACGCCGGCGCCGUUGCCGGGGCGGGGGAGUAGCCUCCGGCACAUGUUCGGCGUCCUGCCGACAUACCUGGGGGGAAGGAGGUUGUCGGGGAGGGGCCGGGCGCAGCGGUGGUGGCAGCCGCGAUCGCUCGGAGCGGCAGCGGCGGGGGACCGGGGGGUGGGCAGCAGACGGGCAGAAGCUGCGGAGAGAGCGUUGGAGCCGGCGGCGUCGGCUGCGCUGUCGUACACGGACGGGGGCGUCGACACCUCCGCCGCCGCCGCCGCCGCCGAAGCAAACGCCGACGAGUUGGGCGGCAUGGCGUCGCUGGCGGCGGUGGCGGCAUCGCGGGCGGCGGCGAGGAGGCGGAAGCUGCAGCUCGAGGACUGCAGCGCGGACUGCCUCACGUCCGACACCGAGCGGUGCCAGAACAACGAGAUGUGCGAGACGGGGGGGAUCGGGUGCAACGCGCAGGACGACCCGCUGUGCCAGUUCUGCGACCUGGGGGCCCCGUACGUCGAGUGCGACGAGGAGCGCCCCACGGAGGCGCCGGCCCCGUCCCCGGCGCCCACGCUGGACCCCGACUACGUCGAGUGCUCCUCCCGGUGCCUGGAGUCGGAGGACUUCCCCUGCUUCGACGACCCCUCUUGCCCGCGCGACGGCAACGGGAUCGGGUGCAACGCCUCCGGCGACUUCUACUGCCGGUUCUGCGGGUUCCUUGAAGAGUUCGUGGACUGCCCGGUCGUCACACCCGGCGAAACUUCGGUGAGAAGGGCGCGCUCGCUACUCACGUUCUCCUCGAGGGACGAGGAGGGGUUCCGGUUAGGUCGACGGCGGCGGCGGCGGCGGCUAGCGGAGUUCGAAGACGUGCAGUUUGAGGUCCCCACCCCGACCGCGGGCGCGGUCGAGUCGGAGGCAGCACCCCUCACGGGGUCGAAGCAGGCGGCGGACCUGUUCAACAAGGCUGCCGACCAGACGUCCCUGACAGGAGUCGCAAGCGCUCUUGGCAUCGACGUGGCGGACCUGAACUUCGGAGACCUGGCGUACUUCGAGGGGGGUGAAUUCACCUUCUCCAGCGACUUCGACCAAGCUGAAGACGAGGGGGCGAGCACCUGGGCGACGGUGCUCGUGGCGUUCAUCCUGGUCACGGCGAUGCUCCUCUGCUCCUGCUGCUCGUGCUUGGUGGCCAAACACGCCACCGAGAAGGGGAUGGACGGCCGGAGGAGACGGGCGGCCGCCGCCGCCGCCGCCCGUUGCCCGCCCCGCAAGUCGGCGGUGAUGCAAGAGAGGCUGUCCACGAUCGAGGAAGAGCAGGGGCUCCACGUCGGAAAGAGCGAGAUGACGGCCUCCCACAGCAUGGGCCCGAGCCCGCACCACGCCCUCGUCCGCUCCACCUCCCAAGAAGCCGCCGCCGUCACCAGGCCCUCUUCCUCCGGCAAGCCUAAGAGCGUCCACCGCACCCACUCCAUUGGCAGCGAGACAAGCAGCGCGGUGUCCGAGAAGUUCGUGUACACCAACCCGAUGCACAAGCACGAGAAGAAGCUGUCGCCACCCAACGAGUACGGCGACGACCUCGCAAAGCACUACGAGGGCGAGGUGGGGGACAUGUCGGACAUCUCGUCGGAGCUCCCUCACAAGACGGACAACCCCCUCUUCUCGAGCAAUUCGAACCGCGACGGCGGUGGUUCUUCUUCGCCGACUUCCGUCGCCGAGGCGGCCCGCGCUCGCGGCAGCAGGAGCAUGAGCGGCAGCGGAAGCGGCAGCCGCAGCCGCAGCCGCAGCGGCCACCUGACGGAAAGUGACGCCACAGUUGAGGUUGACUCCUACGGCGCGAGCAUGAGCGACGCUGCGUCAACGUCGCUGGCCUCUUCACAGUCAAACACGAGCGAGUCGCCGCUGAUCGACCAGGCGUACUCGUCCAGCUUCGACUCCGACGUCGACCACCACGGGGGCGGAGAGGUCGCCGCCGAAGGCUCGUCGCUGGUUGGCGGCAGGAACCCGCGCGGCAGCGGCGGCGUGCUCAGCGUCACCUCGGAAACCUCGUCCAGGAUGCCGUUCGGCCUGUCGCCGGUGGCCGAGAGGACCGACAGCAGGGGCGAGUCGCCGGGCCUGACCACGAACAGCAGCAGCACGACGGGCGGGGCGAGCACCGUCUACCUCGCCCGCGCCGGCGCCGACGGGCCCAGAGGCGUGCCGUGGUCCUACAGCGGCCCUGACGGCGGCGGGAGUUACUCGAUGGCAAGCGCCGACGCCGCCGGCGCCGCCGGCGCGGAGGACGAUGACGCCGAGAGCGUGUUCAGGCCGCCGUCACCCGGGUCGGUGUCGAGGCCGCUGCAGCCGCUGCUGGCGCAGCAGUCGCCCAUGUCCUGCGUGUCGGGCUUCACCUCCAAGUCCAACUCGUUCGCCAUGUCGUCCCGCUCGAGCUCAAUGGCGAGCUCCUUCGCCAGCCCCAAGGCCGGCGGCGGCGCGGCCGCCGCCUCGCGGCUGCCGCCGGUGGGCCUGCGCAAGGGCAUCUCGAACGAGAGCCUCAAGGCCAUCAAGAUCGCCUCCGGUGGCGGCGACGCCGAACGCGAGGCCGUCCGGGAGGCCGUCCGCAGGCAGCGGCGGAAGGUGGCGCGGUCGCUGUCCCAGGAGGACCGCAGGACCGAGGCCAGCAGCGAGGGAACAGCGGCAACGGGCGAGGACGAGCUCGGAAGCCUCGGCAUGGAGAAGAUCCCCAGGAGUUCGGUGUCCUCGCUAAGCCCAUUGGCGCGGCAGCACAAUGAGUGGCGGGCGCGGUACGGGUCUUCCCAGUCGGAGCUCAAGUUUGCCGAAGGAGGGGGAGGCGGCGGCGGUGGCGGCAGCUUGGCUGCGUCGUCGCGGAUGGCCAGCGGCACGAGCGAUGCGCGGCUGACCAGCGCCAGCACCUUGUCGAGCUUCAACGGGGAGAGCAUCGUUAGCGCCAUGCCGUCAGAAGAUGCCCGCGCUCGAAGCUCAGGAGCAACCAGGGCCUCCCCGGACCCCGCGAGUGCGGCCGGCGGCGGAAGCGUUUUCGGGCAGAGUGACAACGGCUCGGACGCCUCCGCCGAUGCCGCCGCCGGCCACGGCGAUGCCAGCAUCUCCAAGGGUCUCGCGAGUGCCCUGGACCGUCGCGUCAAGUCCGCGGCCGUCGCGCCUAGCCCGACGCACUCGAGGUCCGGCCGCGCGGGGACGGGGGCCACCAAGAGCGAGAGCACGGUCGACGAGGACGGGGACGAGUUCUACGACGCCACGUCUACUGCCGAUGGCGCCGAGGGCGGCGGCGGCGGCGGCGGCGGCGGCGGCGGCGGCUACAGCGUCGAGUCGCACCACGCGUACGUGUCCAGCGGUGGCGGCAGCGGCGGCGGCGGCAGCAGCAGCGGGGCCUCCUCGGCAAGGGCCGCCUCGGCGGCCGCCGCGGCCGUCGCCGCCGCGGGAGUGCUGGACGACACCCGGGGGCUCGACCAGGCGUCGAUCGUGGCGGCAGAGGAAUGCCGGGACCGCGCGAUCGAGGCGGGGACGGCGGCGGCGGGGGCGGCGGUAGCGUCCGGGGAGGUGACCACGGAGGCACAGCUGAUGGCGGCGGGCGCGGUGGCAGCGGCAAAGGCCACCAAGGGGCGCGCGGUGCCCGACGACGUGCGCCGGAAGGCCAUCCAGGCGGGAGCGGCGGCGGCCGCGGCCGCGGCCGUGGCGGACGUGGGGCCGCCCGGCGGCGGUGGCGUCAGCAACCGCUGGAGCACGGGCACCAGCGCGGUGGAGCUCAAGUCCGCCCUCAAGAAGGAAAGCUCGUUCCGGAGCACGGCGGAGAAGCCGCGAAGCGUGUCGUUCGCGUACGACAGCGACGGCGACGACGACGACGACUACGACAGCGACGGCGACGGCAGUAGCAGAAUGGGAGGGCUUCGACAGCACCUCGCCGACCCGAGCAGGCCGUCGGGGUCCUACCGGCGCCAGGAGUCGGACUCCUCCAGCCUGUCGGGGGAGUCUCUCUCCCCGUCGUACCAAGGCUCUUCGGCAACAGGCGGCGGGGAUAGCGUCUCCCAGGCCAGCUUCGACACCGACAGCACCUUCAGCGCCGUCAGCGUGUCGAGCUACGCCACCGCCACGACGACAAGCACCGCCUACGGCGGCGGCAGGGCCGGCGGCGGCAGGGGCGGGGACGAUGCCUACAGCCAGCGGAGCAGCAGCUACAGCUUCCGGAACGACACCAGCGGGUCUUGCAGCGAGUCCGACACGGACUGGCCGCCCUCCCGCCAGCGCGGCGCCGGGCCACUUAGCGCGACGAUCGUCGCCGAGCGGAAAGGGGAGGAGGAGGCCACCGGGGCGCGGGCGGCGACGGCGACGGCGGGGAGACGCGGCGGCGGCGGCGGCCGUGUCUUGGAGGUUAGUGCGGAGGCGGCGGCGGCAGCCGCUGCCGCGAUCACUCCGAGAGAGCUCGGGGCGACGACAGCCGACCCCGCGGCGGCGGCAGCCGGCGCCAAGAAGGAUUCGACGGUGUCGGCCUACAAGAAGAUGUUUGCGGCGGGCGGCAGCGGCGGCGGCGGCAGCAGCCGGUCCUCGAGCGGGGAGAGCAAGCGGCGGAUGGUGAUGCGCUGA